CUCCUCAUCUCACUCUCAUUCUUCCUACUCCUCCUCUUCCAAAUUUUCAUCUGAAUUCAUUUUGGAAGAGAAGACCCUUCUUCAUUCUCAUAUCUCUGCAACUAAUUUUAUCCAAAAAAAGGUCAAAAGUCAAACUUCAAAAUCGAAGAUGUUGCAGGAUAUGUGGAAUGCUCCUCCUGGUUUUAGACCCACUAAGUCUGCUCCUUCUUCUCCAGCCAAGCCUAUUGGAGUAUCCAGAACUCGGUCCGAGUCAUUUCAUGUGACUCACAAGGUACCUGUUGGUGAUACUCCUUAUGUCAGAGCCAAAAAUGUUCAAUUGGUUGAUAAGGAUCCAGAGAAAGCAAUUCCUUUGUUCUGGGCAGCCAUUAAUUCUGGAGAUAGAGUUGAUAGUGCUCUAAAAGACAUGGCUAUAGUAAUGAAGCAACAAAAUAGGGCUGAAGAAGCCAUUGAAGCUAUUAAGUCACUAAGACAUAGGUGUUCAGAUCAAGCUCAAGAAUCACUUGAUAACAUUCUUUUAGAUCUUUACAAGAGAUGUGGUAGAUUGGAUGAUCAAAUUGCACUUUUGAGACACAAGUUGUACUUAAUUCAACAAGGUUUAGCUUUCAAUGGGAAAAGAACUAAGACAGCUAGAUCUCAAGGAAAGAAAUUUCAAGUCUCUGUGGAGCAAGAGGCUACUAGAUUACUUGGGAAUUUAGGAUGGGCAUUGAUGCAACAAAACAACUACAUUGAAGCAGAAGAUGCUUACAGAAGAGCAUUAGCAAUUUCACCAGACAACAACAAAAUGUGCAACCUUGGUAUUUGCUUAAUGAAACAAGGCCGAAUAACGGAGGCAAAAGAGAAUCUCCGCCGUGUUAAACCCGCCAUGGCAGAUGGUCCAAGAGGCACAGAUUCCCAUCUCAAAGCCUAUGAAAGAGCACAACAAAUGCUCAAAGAUCUUGAAUCAGAAAUGUUGAACAAAGGAGGUGAUAGAGUCGAACAAAGUCGCCUUUUCGAUGCUUUCCUUGGCUCGUCAUCAAUUUGGCAACCUCAACCUUGCAAAGAUCACAUCACUUUUCCAACAACAACAACAACAGAUUCAAUCAAAACACUCUCACAAGACGAUUUCGCAGACGAAAAUGCCAAUUCUAACAUAUUAGCAAUGCCAAAAACAACAACAAAACAACAGCAACAACAACAACUGCAUCCAAGUAUUUUGAACUCACUGAACAUUGCUGCACAACCAUAUUACUCAACUAAAUUCACAAGAGAGCCACUUUGUUCUUCAACUUCUCAUCAAUUUCCUGAGACCCUUAAGAGAACAAGAUCAGGAAAUGCAGCUACCAAUUCAAUGGGAAUCAUAACAACAACAACAACAACAUGUGAGAACACAAAACCAGUUUCUGUUGCAGCUGUUGUUUUAUCAGAGAAUAACAAGACUAGAAAACUGUCUAACAACUCAGUUUCAUCAGCUCAGAAGAUGAAUAAUGAUAUGUUAUCCUCAUUGCCUGAUAACAAGGACUUUGAAGAUGCAAUUCUUGCAGCUGUUUUAGGUGACCCAACAACAACAAGUGACAAUCAUCAUAAUAAUAAUAAUAAUGGUAAAGUCAUUGAAAAGAGGCUUAAGGUGUUUCAAGACAUUACUCUCUCACUCAGUCCAAGGGCCUAAAAAAAAGAGAGAAAAUUUCUUCUUGUUAGUUAUUAUUAUUAUUUUUUCUAAUUUAAUUUAAUUUAGUUUCUAAGGCUAAAAUAGUUUUUUAGGAUGGGAGAUAUAUCUUGUUCUCCUUUGAUUUUCAAUUCUGAAUUUGUUCUACUUUGAGAGAGAGAGAGAGAAAGAGAGAGAGAUUAAUUGGUAUUUGUUAUUCAUUCCACUAAGGGGGGAAAGCUUCUUCUUCUUUAUCUCUAUUUUUAUUCAUCUCAGAAUAAUAAAAUAACAUUAAUCUUUUUUUAUUA